UCCCCGUUAAAUCGCGCAUGCGCAGAGGGCGGAGCCUGCGGAAGUUCUGACGUGAAGGUCUUUUUGUUUGGGCCACUGAGACACUCGUCACUUGCUUAGAUUCCCCUGGUUAACAACCGUUUUUUAUCUGCAUUAAUUUCGGGUGUCUUUUAUGAAUAAUCAAAAGCAGCAAAAGCCAACGCUAACAGGCCAGCGUUUCAAAACGAGGAAAAGAGAUGAAAAGGAGAGAUUUGACCCUACUCAGUUUCAAGAAAGUAUCGUACAAGGCUUGAAUCAAACUGGCACUGAUUUGGAAGCGGUCGCGAAGUUCCUUGAUGCCUCUGGCGCCAAGCUUGACUACCGCCGGUAUGCAGAGACACUCUUUGACAUCCUGGUGGCCGGCGGCAUGCUGGCCCCAGGCGGGACUCUAUCUGACGACAUGACCCGCACCGAGUUCUGCCUCUUCACGGCACAAGAAGACCUUGAGACGAUGCAAGCAUAUGCUCAGGUUUUUAACAAGCUGAUCAGGCGUUACAAGUACCUGGAGAAAGGUUUCGAAGAGGAGAUCAAGAAGUUGCUGCUGUUUCUAAAGGGAUUCACUGAGUCUGAGCGCAACAAACUGGCCAUGCUGACCGGCAUCCUGCUGGCCAACGGCAACAUAUCAGCCUCAAUCCUGAACAGCCUCUUCAACGAGAACCUCGUCAAGGAGGGAGUAUCUGCAGCCUUCGCUGUCAAACUGUUCAAGUCAUGGAUCAAUGAGAAGGACAUCAACUCAGUUGCUGCCAGUCUCCGCAAAGUUGGCAUGGACAACCGCCUGAUGGAACUCUUUCCUGCCAACAAACGGAGCUGCGAGCAUUUUUCUAAGUACUUCACCGACGCCGGGCUGAAGGAGCUGUCCGACUUCGCGCGCAACCAGCAAUCCAUCGGUGCCCGCAAGGAGCUGCAGAAGGAGCUCCAGGAGCAGAUGUCCCGCGGGGACCCUCAGAAGGAGAUUAUCGCCUUCACCAAAGAGGAGAUGAAGAAGGCCAACCUCUCCGAGCAGGCCAUGAUCAGCAUCAUCUGGUCCAGCUUGAUGGGCUGCGUGGAGUGGAACAAGAAGGAAGAGCUGGUGACCGAACAAGCCAUCAAACACUUGAAGCAAUACAGCCUCCUGCUGAAAGCCUUCACCUCCCAGGGUCAGUCCGAGCUCAGCCUGCUGCUGAAGAUCCAGGAGUACUGCUACGACAACAUCCACUUCAUGAACUCCUUUCAGAAGAUCGCGGUGCUCCUCUACAAAGCGGAUGUAUUAAGCGAAGAGGCCAUACUGAAGUGGUACUCUGAUGCCCACCUCUCCAAGGGGAGGAGCGUUUUCCUCGAGCAGAUGAAGAAAUUUGUCGAGUGGCUGAAAAACGCAGAAGAAGAGUCUGAAUCGGACGAAGAGGAGACGGACUAAACCCUCCACCGCCAGAUGAGCUUUUUUUUUUCCUUUUUUAUUAUUAUUUUCUAAGUAGCAGCAGGAGCAGUACAAGUCUUUUUUUUUUUCUCUCUUCUACCUCCUGUUACUACUUUGCCCUGAGACGCACUCUCUUCCACCACUCCAACACAUUUGAACGUUAUUUUAACAAAAUGAAAAAGGGCUCAGUCCUUUAAACUCGUAACGUGUUUUGAUGUCGCGGCUCGACGUGGAAAACGAUGAAUACUCCCUUCUUCUUCUUUUUUUUUUUUUUUUGGUACUAUCAUUGUUGUAACGCCUUCUGUAAUUUGGAUACAAAACAUUCCAUGGGAUCUCGAUGGCCGCUGCUUUGAAUGAAUCUGAACCAGGAUUUCGCAUUUUUGCCAUGCGACUACGAGGCCGACGAAUACUAAUGCGACUUUGCCAAAGUUUUUCUUUCUUUUUAAAUCCCCCCUUUAAGUUUUUAUUUGGCCCGGCUCAUGUUUUGGCUCCUGUUGGGUCUUAAACUCCGCCUUCUUUCUUGACUUUUGGGUCAACCUGUACGGCGUGUCGAGGUCGCUCUGAGGACACGCCCCCCUGUAAGAUGCCUCGCCAGCUAACUGAUUAUUAUUGGUUUCUACUUUCUUUAAUCUGAUAUAAACCGAUUGACUUUUUUAUGAAAUAAAGAUUAUUGAAAUGCUU